AUGGAGGAGAAUGUCACUAAUGGACAUGACAUAGCGGUGUACAAGAGGAGAGAGAAGUUGAAAUGUUCCUGCUCAAUGGAUGUUGUCAACACAGAACCAAAAGGGUCCCACUGGACAGAAACAGAAUUGCAGCAGCUCAUGGGGCAGCACAUGCAAGAGAAGCAGAGGAAGGAGAGCCAGGUCUUCAUGCCUGCCCCGGCCUAUUCUAGCUCUUCAACCAUGCAGGCUUCACAGACCUCUGUACAAGUCACGAACACCACCACCUUCACACCACAGCAUGGGAAGGAGGAACAACCCCGUGGGCCGGAGGGUGAAGCACCUCAGUACGAUAUCACCCUUAUGGAAGAGAAACUCCAGCCAAUAGAACAGCAGCUUCAGUACCUGCUGAAGAAAGCAGAGGAAUUCCAGACCCACCUGGUGUACAGCAGAGACCGAAUUCACAAUGAGGAGUUUGCAAGGGCUGUACCAAUCUUUGUGAAGACGUGCCAGCCAUACUUUGCUUACCUGGAAUCGACGGCACGCAGUAUUCACUCCGACAGGAAGCCUCUCCCCGAGUAUAUCCAGAAACGGCUUUUGCAGUUCUCCCAGCAGCUGGCCUCCAGCCUAGAGCAGCUGGUCCUCAUGUAUGCAUCCUUUGGCUUCAUCUCUCUGGAGGAGACCGACCCCUGCAGCAUUUGCUACUUCUACAGAGGAGAGUUCCGUCUCGGGCACUGGUUUAGAGUUUCUACGUUUCGAUACUGUAUGCCUGUACCUUACACAGCAGCAAAGGAGCCAAGCCUGCUGUUCAAGAAAAUCCGCUGGAAUGUGGACAUCACUGAAGGAGCAUCCUACGGGGAUGGGACAGAUUCAUUAACAGAAUAUUACUUCCUGUGCUUUAAGGAGGCUAAUCAGGCGAUGGAUAACAACCAGUCCAGUUCCAAAAAUACAACCAAAAGCAGGCGCUUGUGGUCUAUUGGUCGCUGGAUCCAGGUAGAACCCUCCCCCAGGGAACCAGAUCUCCUUUGCUGGUUUCUAUACAAGCAGCCUCGGGGUGACUAUGAGCUCCUGGUCACCAUCGGAUUUGAGGAGCCAUCACAGAUUGCUGCUACUGAUCUCCUCGUGGAGAUCCUUUUGAGUCAGAGGUCAGCUGACCCAGCAGGAACUUGCCUCAAACCAAAACAGUUCUCAUAUUUGGAUGGUACCAGUCACCCAGACCUCCCUACAUCCAGCUGCCAGGUACUUUCAGCUGGACUCAAUUCCGAGCCCUUCACUGGUUAA